GUUGAUGUCUGCGCAUGGGCAAUGAAGGCAUUCAAUAUGGACGACAAUGGGACACGUAAAGUAAUAUUUUAAACAUAUUUACAUAGUUUGGAGAGAAAACUGUAAUUCGGUGGACGAUCUCGAUUCCUCCAUACAUCGAAGUAUCAUGUCCUGUUCACUUGUAAAUUUUGGACUCAUUGAAGACAUCCCAGCCACUAGAAGCUACCUAUUUCCGCAGUUGAAAGAAGAUGAAGAAGUCAAGUCAGCUGUCGCAGAUGGCUGGGAUGAUGCUGAUUGGGAUUUUGAUGAUGUAGACUUGGAUGUGAAGGGUAAGGUUGAUACUGACAACAUCAAGGAGACCUGGUUGCAAGAAUGUUGUAUUAGUUUAUCACCAAGUCAUGAUAUAUUGGCUAUUGCAUACAAACAAAGGGCAGUGUUCCUGACACAGAAAUGGGAUGUACAAGAAAGUGGUGGAACUGGAAGUAAAUAUCGAAUUUCAUUCAAGGGACAUUUAAAUCAUCAAGAAGGUGAAUGUGUUAGCAGUUUGCUGUGUGUGCCACUGGUGUCUCAGAAGACAAGCUCACAUGGAGGUCCUGAUUGGACUUGUAUUAUGGUAGGAUUCACAUCUGGUUGUAUACGAAUGUAUACAGAGAAUGGUGCUUUACUCAUAUCCCAGUUACUGCAUGAAGAACGUGUGUUAAAACUGAAAUGUCGCACGUAUGAAUUGCCAAGACAUUCCGGUAUAGCGGAACAGAUUGAAGAAUUAACAAUACUAUAUCCAAAAGCUUUAGUUACAAUUGAUGGUUUCAGUCUUUUCCAGUCUUUGAGAGCUUGCAGAAAUCAAGUGGCAAGAGCUGCAGCUAGUGGUAGUGAUGUUAUACAACUCCCUCCCUUAGCAUAUAAGAAAUGGGGUUUACAGGAACAAGAGAGAAUUACAGACCAUGUGUCUGCUGGUGUGAUAACACCAUGCUCAUUUAAUCAGAUGGAGACAGCAUCCAUAUUAGGUGGUUAUAAGGCAUCUAUUAAAACCAGCCCACCUGCUGCAUCUAAAUACCUGACAACUGGGAUUGGACCAUUUGUAGGAGUUUACUAUGCAUUAGAGGGAAGUACACAGCCAUUGUUAUCUGAUGUUGCUGCAGCAGUGGCUAGUAAACUGAAGUCUGCAUUGUUCUCUCAAUUCUCAGCUGCCAGUGGAUGGUUAGGUUUCAAGUCACCAACAGGAGAUCAGUCAGAUGCUUAAAAAGAAACCAAAAGUAGAACCAGCUACUUCACUUCCAAUCAGGUUUGGAUUACCAGAUUUACGUCGCCAUGGUGACAGUAUCACCCUAUCCCCCAGUCGUACACUAGCUGUGACAACUGAUAGUUUUGGUAGGGUUAUACUAAUUGAUGUUAACAGAGGGCAUGCACUUCGAAUGUGGAAAGGUUAUCGUGAUGCGCAGUGUGGAUGGAUACAAGUACUGGAAGAUGUCAGUGAUAAAGUAGAUGCGGGCUUGAAAAGACGUCAUCGAGGUAAAAGUUAUACUGGAAGAGUGGCUCUGUUUCUUGUUAUUUAUGCUCCUAGAAGGGGAAUAGUUGAAGUAUGGAACACUCAACAGGGACCAAGAGUGGCUGCAUUUAAUGUCAGUAAAUACUGUAGGUGAGUGUUGACUGUAUGCCAUGUCUGUAAUCAUG